ACAGUAGCAGUAGGACUUUGAACAGCAUUGACAGCGGACGUCGAACGUCGCGCAUUAUGACAAAUUCGUAACACUUAUGUUAUUUAUUUUAAAUAUUUAUUAUGUACAGAUGUCUAUAAGACUAACUAAUUAUUAAGUAUUGUUAUGCGCGAAAUCGAUUUUCUCGUGUAUAGUGAAAUUUUAAUGUCGAGCGAUGUAAAUGGGGUUUAGUGCAAAUUAAAUAUACUUCACCAAAAGCAAGUGUACGAGAAUAUUACAAGAUUCUGAAGAUAAAAGUUCACGUGCCUUCGCCAAACACAAUGGUAGACGUUGCAAGGUGUACGAAGCUAACCUGAAGGACUGUGGCACAGUUAAACGAAGACAAAGAAGCGUCGCUGUGUCUAGCCAAAGAAGAAGGCAUCAACAUCAGGAUGCGCGGCGCGCAGCGGCGGGUGCUGCUCGACGUGCUGAUGAUGUGCUGGGGCAUGGGCACGUGGCUCGGCGUCAACGGCAUCUACGUGCAGUUGCCGUUACUGGUGGAGCGUCUGCCCGAGGGCUGGGCGCUGCCCUCCUCCAUGGUGCUGGCCGUGCAGCUUGCCAACGUGGGCCUGCUCGUCUACGGCUUCCUGCAGCGGCUACGGCCGAAUUCCUUAGAUUCUUAUUACAUAUAUGGACUUUUGACGUUAGGUACACUCGCCUUGGUACUUAACGCGUUCCUGUACGAUCAAACUUCUGUGAUAGGCGCCUCCGAGCGCUCCAUGGCGUUCCUAACGCUAACGUUCUUCGCGGCGCUGGUGGGCUGCACCAGCUCGGUGUUGUUCUACCCGUACUUAAGACAUUUCCGUGACGUGUAUCUUGCCACAUAUUUCGUAGGCGAAGGUCUCAGUGGCUUCAUACCUAGUAUAUUAGCGUUAAUACAGGGUAUCGGCGGCGAGCCCGAGUGCUUACCUGUCGAGAACUCUACACUUAUAGUGCCGCACUACCCGCCCUCGCGGUUUGACUCCACGGCAUUCUUGUUGAUGUUAGGCGCGCUGUCCGCCGUGAGUUUGGUUAGUUUCAUCACUAUCAAUAAGUACAAAGGGUUCAACUCGGAGAGGGUGACGAUGGCGGCGGCAGCCAAGGAUGAAGAAGCGACUACGGAGUGGCCCGAGCUCUUGGCACCGCAGUGGGUGAUCGUGCUGGCGCUAAUGGCGGUGCUGAACGCGCUGCACAACGGCGUAUUGCCCUCCAUCCAGUCUUACUCCUGCAUGCCAUACGGCACGCAGGCGUACCACCUAGCGGUGACGCUGAGCGCUAUGGCGAACCCUGCCGCGUGCCUGGCGGGUGUUUGGCUGCGUCCGAUAGCUAUCAAGGCGCUGGUGGCCAUGUUGAGUAUGACCUCCGUGCCUCUCCUGUACAUUCUGGCGACAGCGCUGCUCAGCCCUGCUCCGCCGCUCUACAGCAGCGUCCUCGGCGAAGCUUUAGUUGUGAUAUCGUGGGUGGUAGUGAGCGGCACGGUGUCGUACGCGCGCAUGUGGGUGUACGCGUGGGCGCGGCGUGGUGGCGCGCGCGGCAUGUGGGCGUGCGGCGCGGCGACACAGUUCGGCUCGGCCGCCGGCUCCGCGCUGCUGUUCUUGCUCGUCAACUACACCGCGCUCUUCACUCAGCCAGACGUCUGUCCCACGUAGAAUAUACUGACCAGUUUA